CUUUCUUAGGCGACAGACAAAUAGACCCUCGCCAUCUCUGUAAUUCUCGCUAUCUAAAAUGGCAAAGCUUCACUAAAUUGUAUGAACUAGGGUUUAUAGCAGGUUUUACCUUCUCUUCCGAAUUUUUUCGGAAGGCCAAGGCUAGAUGAAUUCCCUUUCACUGAGAUCCUCCUUCUUUGUGCCCAAAUUUGCAUCAUUUCCUUCCUGUAUUUGUUCUUCUUCAUUUGCAAUUCCUGUAACCGGUCGGUCUGCUUCUUCGAUAAGCUACCCGAUAAAGUGGAAGAUUGAAGGAAGAUUUGCAUUGAGAGUUCAAGCGUACGAUUCUUCCAAGGAAGACUCUUCUGACGGCAACAACAAUGGUGAUUCCAAGCCCUCUAAUGGCACUCUGCCUAGGAGCAGGAGAGACAUUCUGUUAGAAUACGUGAACAAUGUCCAGCCAGAAUUUAUGGAGUUGUUUGUAAAGAGAGCACCUCCACAGGUAGUUGAAGCAAUGCGCCAAACAGUGACCAAUAUGAUUGGAACACUACCCCCGCAGUUUUUUACUGUAACGGUCACCACUGUUGCAGAGAAUCUUGCGCUGCUCAUGUAUAGUGUCAUGAUGACUGGAUAUAUGUUCAGGAAUGCCCAGUAUCGCUUCGAGUUGCAAGAAAGUCUGGAACAGGUUGCUCUACCUGAAAUGCAAGAUAAAAAGGAUGAGCUUGAUUAUGCACCUGCUACGCAGAAGAAUGUAACUGGCGAAGUUAUCAGGUGGAAUAAUGUUUCUGGUCCUGAGAGAAUGGAUGCUAAAAAGUACAUUGAAAUACUUGAAGCAGAAAUCGAAGAAUUGAAUCAUCAAGUUGGUAGAACAUCUUCAAAUGGACAAAAUGAGCUAUUGGACUAUCUUAAGACUCUUGAGCCCCAUAAUUUAAAGGAUCUGACAAAUAGUGCUGGAGAGGAUGUUGUGCUUGCGAUGAACACAUUCAUUAAGCGUCUUUUAGCUGUUUCAGAUCCCGGACAAAUGAAGACUAGUGUGACGGAAACGAGUGUUCAAGAACUUGGCAAGCUGAUGUAUUGGCUGAUGAUGGUUGGAUACAGCGUUCGCAACAUUGAAGUUCGUUUUGACAUGGAAAGGGUGCUUGACACUACACCGAAGCUUGCCGAGUUACCCCCAGGAGAAAACAUCUGAUACUGGUAUAAAACUGCGAACACUAGAUGUUAUGGUAAAGCUAUAGCACAUAAUUGUCACUGCUGCACUAGCACCUGACAAUUUUGGUGUUUUUAUGGUUGGACGGCUGCAAGCAGUGCCUACACAAGCCAAAGAUGACCGACCACUUGACAGCGCUGAUUUUGCCUGCUGCAAGGAUGUUGGUUUUAACUAGUUCAAUAAUUUAUUGAUGUUCUGUUCAGAAAUGAGCUCUUCCAUUUGAGUACACCGGUGACAGCAUAAAGGUUCCAUUUAAGAA